AUGAGCUCAAAAAAGUCAUCUUUGAUCCACCAACUCCAUGGUGUUGCUGUUCGAAAACAGAAUGAUACGUUUGCUACUUGGCAUGAGAUCAAUGGUGCUAUUGGGAAACACUACACAUUUGGAGGGCUUUGGGCAGAAGCUGGAGACAUUGCAUACCGCCUCCACAAAGAAUGGGGAGUCCAGAAAGGAGACAAGGUGGUCUUGUGCUAUAACUUUGGCUUGCACUUCUUUGCUGCUUUUCUUGGUUGCUUGAGAGCUGGGGUUGUGGCCAUUUUGGUUUAUCCACCGUUCCCGCCUCUUACCAAGACACUCACCAAGAUGGAGAAAGUCAUCAAUGAUUGCCAGCCUGUGUUGAUCUUGACUGACAUGGCAAUCAUGGCAAUGAAGAAAGUGGAUGAGCUAAAGCCAUUCUCAAAGAGCAAGGGGAUGUGGCCUAAGGAUAUCCCUUUCAAGGUCACUGAUGCAUUUUCUUUGGCAUCAAAGACAAGAUCCUUUGAUCAAGAAGACAUUGUUGAAUCUGACAUUGCCUUUUACCAAUACACCUCGGGAAGCACUGGUGAUCCAAAAGGAGUCAUGGUGACCUUCAAAGCUUUACAUUCAAAUGUGAAGCUCUUCCAGGAUUGCAUCUUUUAUGGCUUUGCUAGAGAUGGACAUAGUGCCAAUGACAUUGUUUGCUUCUCCUGGUUGCCACAGUACCAUGAUUUUGGGCUAAACUUUGGAGCCAUACUGCCAUUUCUGGCUGGAUGGAGAGUGCACUUGAUGUCACCUAUAUCAUUUAUCAAGAAACCACUUCUAUGGCUGGAUCUCAUGUCCAAGAACCGGGUUUCUUUGAGUGUAGCACCAGACUUUGCUUACCAUCUGGUGACCAGGAAGUUCACAGAAGCAAUGGCUAUGAAUGGUGGGAAGGUACCCAUCUCCAAUUUUGAUCUGUCUUCAAUCUUCAGCUUACUAAAUGCUGCAGAACCAAUUCGCCUUGACACUCAAGACAAAUUCGCAGUGACAUUCUCUGAGUUUGGCCUGCGCAAAGAUUGGUUUAGUGCUGCCUAUGGUUUGGCUGAAAAUGUAGUUGGAGGGACAUGGCUGCCUGGAUACCAUCUGUCGAAACCUCGUGGUGAUGAUAACAACUCAUUCUUGGCUGUAGGGUCUACUGAGACAUUUCAUGACACCCUGACUGUGAAAAUUGUUGAUCCUGUAAGCCAAUGUGAACUUCCUGAUGACCAAACUGGUGAGAUUUGGAUUGCCGGCCCUUCUGUUGCUGCUGGAUACCAUGGAAAGCCAGAACUCUCCAGUGAGGUAUUCCAAGCCAGGUUGCUGCCUCACGAUGAUUCUUCAAGAGAUCAGGAUGAUACCAAUCUUGGCAUCACAUUCCUUCGAACAGGGGACCUGGGCUUCAUGCAAGAUGGGUACUUGUAUGUUUGUGGCAGGAUCAAAGACUUGCUCAUCAUCAACGGGGUCAACUACUAUCCCCAAGAUAUUGAGCUGGCUGUUCAAUCCUGCAAUGGUGCCAGGCCAGGAUGUGUGGCAGCCUUCUCUUCGGACGAUACCGGUGAAGGUGAUGGCCAGCUUGAAGUCGUUUUUGAGAUUAGGAAUGCAAACAAGAAGACUGCACAGGCUGUCUGUGAGGCAAUCAAAUCUGUGAUCAUUCAGGAUAUUGGUAUUGUUCCUUCCAAGAUUGUGGCAUUGGAAGAAAGAAGCAUAGCCAAGACAACCAGUGGCAAGAUCCAGAGAAGGAGAAACAGAGACCUGCUCCAUGCAAAUGAACACAAAGCUGUCUUUGUCCUGGAUCAGUCAUCCAUGUUGGCAGGUGAGGGUAAUGGACACCAGGAAAUUGGCCACAAUCUCCCUCCUGCAGAGAAGUUUGAUGCCAUCAUGACUUCACUCUUGGUAUCUGACUAUGAUCCUGAUUCUGGAUGGGAUGAAAAUGGCCUCACUUCCCUCAUCUUGAUUGAGCUCAACAACAAGCUAGCCGAAUCUUUUCCAGCCACCAUCCCCAGUGACUUUCCUGACCAAUAUCCAACCCCAGCUGCACUCAAAGAGUACAUCCUCAGCCCAAAUCAUGGAUCGUUCUUCCUUGUCGAAGCACCAAGCUUUGACACCUCCGCUUCAAGACUUCCCUGGCCUGUAAUCACUCUUUUGCAGGGGGUUUGUGUCAUUUUGCUCUUUUUGAUGCUAUCUGUAAGCACAGUCCCUUCCUACAGGUGCUACAAGCUCAUCAUCUAUGAUGGAGCACCGCCUGCACUUGGGAUACUACUUCCUCUAGUCUUCUUGCUGUGGCACAUUAGCUUCACCCUCUUGGUUUGCCUCUCAAAGUGGAUUGUAAUUGGCAAGUACUCUUCCAGAGAGAUUCCGGUGGCAUCCAUAUACUAUGUCAGAUGGUGGUUUGUUGACAGGGAAAUGCACUUGUGGGAGAUGUUGAUUGGCAGGUAUGUAAUUGGCACUCCAUGGCAAUGGCUUUUCUAUAAAGUGAUGGGCUGCAAGGUCCACUCCUCUGCCAAGUUGGAUUGCUUUGUCCGAGAAUUCGAUCUUUUGGAGAUUGGCGAAAACACCGAGAUCAGUUUUGGGAUCAAGUGUAGAAAGUUUGGGCCCUGGCAGGAGUCUGAGCGGUAUGCUGGGUCUCCCUCAUUGAGGUUCAGACCGAUCAGAAUUGGGGAUGGCUGUAUGGUUAAAGGACAAGUAGGUCCUGGUGUGGUACUGGGAGAUGGCAGCAAAGUGGAGAAGCUAGCUGCAGUCCCUGAAGGUGCUCAAGUCCCAACUUCUGCCAUUGCAAGAGGAAGUCCUGCUCACCAGAGUGGAAUGACACAGCCCAAAAAGAACACUGAGCAUGACAAGAAGAGUAUGGCUGUGUUGAGAAUUAUCAAAUGUAUUUGGCCCCUCAUGGAACUCUACUUGACCUUUGCCAUUGCUGGGUCUGCUGGGUGGGCCAUCACGAUUGGACUCUCUGGGUUUGAGUGGCGCUAUGCUACCCUGUUGAAGGCAUUCCUCAUCAUUGUCCUCACAGGCAUUGGGAACUUACUGGUUUGCAUUCCCAUGAAAUGGAUUCUGAUUGGACAUCGAAAACCAGGUCCAGUAACCAACAACUCUAUCUUCCAAAAAUCGCUUGACUGGAUGGUCGACUAUCAUUUCUUUGCCAGCAUUGUUCUUCUGGACCUAGUGGCAGACAACGCAGUCAUGGUGAAUGCAUUACUGUGGUUACUGGGCUUAGAUAUUGACAUGGAAUCUAAGGUGUGGACUAAAUUCUUUCCGCCCUCCAAGGUUGAUUUGAUCACUCUCAAGAAGUCAACACUGUCGGUGACACAUUUUGAUGUGGAUCAAGAUGGAGAGUACAAAAAGAUCCACAUUGAGAACACCAGCAUUGGGCACAGUGUCAUUAUUGAUGGUGGAGUAACGAUCAAAUCUGCCCAGAUCAAUCCAUUGACACAUGUUACAGCUGACAUCCACGGCGAUCUUACCACAACUGGAACAAGAAUGCCCCUGUCAAGACGAUUGGUGGUUGAUCUUGCCACACCUCUGGUUAUAGCUAUUCUCUUCCUCUCGCUCAUCCCAACCUUUGAGCUCUUUCAACUUGACUAUGGUACCUCUUCUGCAGGGUUCCUCGUUGUGAAAGUGGCUGUGACACUUGCUGUGUUCUGUGACACACAAUUCUUUCUCCACAUGCUCCUCCAUUGGAUCACAUACCCAAGCCAGUACUUUUGUGGAACUCAAGGGCAAACUAAGCCCUGGUCAAUGAUCAUGUUUGCAAUUUACAUGAACUUGCACCGCCACCUGGAAGACUUUUCUCUACUUGCAAUCUUCUGGGGUACACCCUUCUUCAACUGGUUCCUUCAAGGCAUGGGCUGUAAUGUAGAGGGCCGUGCAUUGUUCUUUGGUGUUCGCCUCUAUGACUUGCCAUUGGUGACAAUCAAGGACAAGACCAUCAUUGAUUCAAGCAUUGUAUCGGGGCAUUCUUGGGUCUAUGAUGGUGUUUACAUUGGACCAACAACUGUUGCUGGAGUUCUACAUGAGGGAAGCUUCUGUUUAGCCAACACAUAUCUGGAGGAUUCAAGCAAAGAGACUCACCCAAUGCAGUUUGUGCCACCCAGAUUGAAUGGGGAGGAAGUGAAUUUGAAAAAUCUUCAAAGCCAAUCUGAAGAUAUGGAGGUUGUGUAG